ACCCCCUAACCCCUCGUUAUCUCCUUUCCAGGACCCCAAAUCCUAUUAGCGCCAUGCUGUCCCGCUUCCGCCUGACCCUACAACGCUGUGUGCACACCAGGGAGAAGGGGAAACCUCUCAUGUUGAACCCCCGCACCAACAAGGGCAUGGCUUUCACCUUAUUGGAACGGCAGAUGUUGGGUCUCCAAGGUCUCCUCCCCCCCAAAAUCGAAACCCAGGACAUCCAAGCUUUACGUUUCCAUAAGAACAUGGCCAAGAUGAGUGACCCCCUUCAAAAGUACAUUUACAUCAUGGGUCUCGGCAGCGGUGUGGAUGCAGUGGUGGCAAAGCCAAUGGGUGACCAGGGGGGGUUGGAGGGUCAGGAGGGUGCAGAAGUGGCUCAG